AUGGUAGACAACCCACCACCGCCAUUCCUCGAAUUCCUCGUGGAUUUGGUCACCCUCUUCUCAAUUUUCGCCAUCCUCCUCCUCUCCCUCGUCUCCCUCCUCUUAAUCCUCCACCUCUACCUCAAAUCCUCCACCGCCGCCGCCUCCUCCCCCUCCCGCCGCCACCUCCGGAGCUUCAAUUCCCUCUGGGCCGUCAGAUCUCUGCUCGUCCUCUUCGUCGCCCUCUGGGCUUUCACCGAGCUCCUCGUCAUCCCGUCCUUCCGCCGCCGCUACCUCGCCCCCUUUUUACCCAAAUCCCUAACGAUCCCGCAGCAGAUCUGCCUCUGCCGCCUCCACGUCACCCUCUCCCUCGGCCUCUUCCAGCCCGGCUUCCUCGUCGCCCUGCUCUACCUCGUCAAGAUCUCCGUCAAGAAGAGCACGCCGCGCGGAUCCCGGGCAAUCCUCUCCAUCGCCGCCACCUGUUUGCCCGUCCUCCUCCUCCAGCUCGUCUUCAUCUUCGGCGCCUCCUCCGGCCUCUUCCGCCUGCCGCCCUUCUUCAACCGCAGCUACCUCCUCCCCCGCACCGUCCUUUCCCCCAACAACAAGAUCCCCAUCGCCGCCGCCGCCCACGGAAACGACGCCGUCCUCUGCCUCUACCCGCUGAUGAGCUGCGUCGUCUUCGGCUCCUUCGUCGUCUGGUACCUCGCGGCGUUCUCGAUCUCCUGCUUCAAGGCGCUGACCCUGGUCAUCAAUAAAGGGCUGAGGUUGCGGCUCUACGGAUUGACCCUCGUCGUGAUGAUCACCUUGCCCUUGCAGCUCGUCUGCCUCGGGUUCUCCGUCUUGUGGACCCCGCGGGACGAGCCGUACGCCGUGCUGUCGCUCUUCAUCUUCCUCGCGGCCUUCGUCAUGGCGGCGGCUGGGGAAGGGAUCCUGGUGAUUCGGCCGAUCGCCGAUUCGUUGGCUGCCGAUCAGGAGAUUCAAUUGGGGUCGGGUCGGGCGAUUCAGCUGGGUUCGAGCCAGGCCGCGGUGGUGGUGUUGCCGACGGUGGCGACGGAGGAGGAGGAGGAGAAAGCCAUGGUGGUGGUCGGGCCGGCGACGGAGGAAACGACGGCGGAUCGGAGUAGUCAUAGUGUACAGGUGUAA